AUGCCGGUAAUAGCGGUGGGCACCGUGGAGGAGUGCUUCUACGGAGCCAUUAAGGCCAUCAACUGGGCGGAACGCUACCAGGGUCCGGUUGUCCUGAUGUCUGAAAUGUCCCUGGCGGAAAGGGUGCAAAACAUUCCCCGCCCGGACCUUUCCAAGGUCGAAGUCAACCGGCGGUUGACCUACCAAGCUGUGAGCAAAAAGAAUCCGGAAUACGAUUUCAAGUGGUGCCCAGGCUGUGGUGACUUCGGCGUACGGCGUGCGCUGGAAUUCGCCAUGAUCAACCGGUUGGAAGAAACCGGGCUUCCCAUUGUAAAACAACGUUGUCGUCGCCGGCAUCUUCUGUUUCUGUUCGGCAACCUGGUGCCUCUGCAUCGAGCCAGCUACGGGUUCACGCGGUUCUCCAGCCAACCCAGACCCCUGGCCAAAUUGAUCAACCAGGGCAUGGAGCAUCCGGGUUUCGCCAUUGUGCACGUCCAGUCGCCGUGCACCACUUACAACGACACCUUUGAGGCGCUCAAGGGCAAUCCCAAGAAAGGUCUGGAGCCUCAGCUAUGGGAUGUGCCGGAGGAGCAUGACCCCUCCGACCGGGCGGAAGCUCACGACCUGCUACAACAGGGCGGCGUACCGGUGGGUGUCAUCUACCAGGACACCACCCGCACCACGUUGGACGACAAACUGUCCCAGGACUUGGAAAAGGCCAGGCAGCGUCCCCUGGAAGAAAUCAUGGAUAUGUUCAAGUUCUGA